CGUUGCCGAUUGUCCAGUAAACAAAAUAGCGGCUUUCAAGGAGCACCACAGUGUGGUACCGAGAAUCAUAGUUUUGUGGUGGUACUGUGCUUCUGCUGCUGGGGCACCAUAUUCACGUGGGUUUUGUUUCUAGAUUGUAUUUGCCAUUUAAUUUGAAGCUCAUCAUGAUCAUACCCUCACUCUUGCUAGUUUUAGCAAGCUAUCUUUACACAACUGAAGCACAAGCGGUAGCACAAGGUCCACAAGAUAUUGAUGAUCUGAUCAAUCAAGUAUUUAGCAAACCCAACCCAGGGACCGCCUUAACGACAAGCGCGCCUAAACCAAAUCUGCAGCCAAAUUCUAACGUGGGCGGUGGUGGAUCCGGGGAUUGUACUUGUGUACCUUAUUAUUUGUGCAAUAAUGGUUCUAUCAACACUAAUGGAGAUGGCAUUAUCGAUAUUAGAAUUAAUGAGGGUCCCUGCGAGAGCUAUAUAGAAGUCUGUUGCAACAAGGAAGAUAGAACAAAGGAACCAAUUACACCAACUCCUCCUCCAGUCAAACAAACGGGUUGCGGGUAUAGGCACCCGGACGGAGUAGGUUUCAGGAUAACGGGAGAUAAAGAAAACGAAGCCCAGUUCGGUGAAUUUCCAUGGAUGGUGGCCGUACUCAGAGAAGAGUCGGUUGAAGGUAAUUCGAACAAAUUGAAUGUGUACCAAUGCGGAGGAGCUCUGAUCCACGCGCAGGUCGUUGUGACCGCGGCUCAUUGCGUCAGCGGAAAAAAUAAGAGUUUCAAAAUCCGCGCUGGUGAAUGGGAUACUCAACAUACGAGCGAGCUUUAUCCACAUCAAGACAGAGAAGUCGAAAGCAUCGCCAUUCAUCCGCAGUACUACGCGGGCGCUCUGUACAAUGACAUCGCGGUUCUUUAUCUAAAAUCCCCUGUUGAUAUUGCUGAGAACGUUGACGUCAUCUGUCUCCCUCCUCAGGGAACAACCGUCGACGUUUCGACGUGUUAUGCAACUGGUUGGGGUAAAGACGUAUUCGGGCAAAAGGGAAAAUACCAGGUGAUACUUAAAAAAAUCGAUCUACCAUUAGUGGGGAGAGAUCAGUGCCAGGAGAAAUUGAGAACCACUAGGUUGGGCAAAUUUUUCGAGUUGCAUAGGAGCUUCAUCUGCGCAGGCGGGGAAUCUGGAAAAGACACGUGCAAGGGGGACGGGGGUAGCCCCUUGGUGUGCCCGAUCGGAAACAGAGGGGACCGGUAUUACCAAGUGGGUAUUGUGGCAUGGGGUAUAGGAUGCGGCGAAAAUAAUACGCCGGGUGUAUAUGUGAACGUACCCUUAUUUCGAGAUUGGAUUGACGAAAGAAUGAAAGCGUUUGGUUUAGACACGUCUUCGAUUAUUUCGUUUGUCCCUUUUAUAAUGAAAAUUUUUAUGAUUGUGUCGUUAUAUGCGACGGCAGUUGUUUUCGGACAAAAUGAUGUGGAUAGUGACACUAAACGCGACGUGGACCGACUGUUUUCUUCUCCGAGGAGUAAUGAUUUUUUACCGGGAUACGAAGAAGUUACUAGUACGUCUUCCGGUAGCGUGGGAGCGUUGGAAAGAUGUGGAGAGGGUUCAGAUCAAGGCAUUCAUGCAUGUGUGGCCUAUUAUCAGUGUGAUGGCAUAACAAAUAUGAUUGUGCAAGACGGAUUAACUGAUGGAUUCGGAAUUAUCAAUAUAAGAUUUGGUGAAAAUUCAUGUCCUCAUCCGCUAGACGUAUGUUGUGGUAUACCAGACAGCGGCAUACGCGAACCAGACGAACCGAUGCUACCCAAACCAUCUACUUCUCCUCCCCCAGUAGUACCCCCAACACAAAGGCCCAGUGCACAGUUUUGCGGUAUCAGAAAUCCCAAUGGGAUUGAUUUUAAGAUAACCGGGAAUAAGGAUAAUGAAGCGGAAUACGGAGAAUUCCCUUGGAUGAUCGCCCUGCUGAGGUCGAAUUACGACAGCUCCAGGCAUCAAUCUUUGGCACUUUGUGGAGGAUCUUUAAUAGCACCAAAUGUUGUUUUAACAGGUGCACACUGUGUGGCUUCCCUCAAAACCGACGAAAUUAAAAUUCGCGCCGGAGAAUGGGACACGCAAACAACAAAAGAAAGGCUACCAUAUCAAGAACGGAACGUAGCUCAAGUGAUUAUCCAUGAAGAAUUUCAUCCGAAGACGGUCAUCAAUGAUGUGGCGCUGUUAAUUUUAACUGAACCGAUUAACGGAGCUGAUAAUAUCGGCACUAUCUGCUUACCACGUCAAGACGAAAGGAUCGACUCUAAACAAUGUUUUGCAAGUGGAUGGGGAAAAGAUGUUUUCGGGAAAGCAGGACAGUUUCAAGUGAUCCUCAAAAAAAUCGAAUUACCGAUGGUACAAUGGGCAACAUGUCAGGAUGCUCUGCGGACGACGAGGUUAGGUUAUCAUUUUAAUUUACACCGGAGCUUUAUUUGCGCCGGUGGUGGAGCUGGAAAAGACACUUGUACGGGUGAUGGUGGUGGUCCUCUGGUUUGUCCAGAUCCGCAAAACCCAAGCAGAUAUGUCCAAGCUGGAAUCGUGUCCUGGGGCAUCGGAUGCGGCGAAUCUAAUAUACCUGGUGUUUAUGCCGACGUCACAAAAUUUAGAAAUUGGAUUGACGAUAAGCUGGAACGGCUUAAUAUUAAUACCGGCUCUUAUGUUUGAUAGAUCAAUAUCUAUAAAAUACUGUUAUUUAUAUACCUAUGUUAAAGUUAUGUGACUGACGAUGUAAUUAAAUUAUUUUCCCUAACAGGUCCAGCUUAUUUAAAUACCUUUUUUAAAUGUGAUUAAAUAAUUCCAGAUACGCAGAAACUUUUUAUAUUUGAAGGUUUUUUUUUUAAUUUAGUAAACAUAAUACAAAUUUCAAAGAUUCUGA